AUGGCAUCCAAUCCCAUCCCAUCCACGAUGGCCGGUGUGCAAAUCGCCGAGAACGGCGACACCUCCGUCCUGCAAUACACCACCCACCUCCCCGUCCCGGAGCCCCAACCCGGACAGAUCCUCGUCAAGAACGCCUUCAUCGGAGUCAACUACAUCGAUACCUACUUCCGAACCGGCCUCUACAAAGCCCCCUCCUUCCCCUACAUCCUCGGCCGCGAAGCCGCUGGCACCGUGGCCGCGCUCGGCUCAGGGGAGACCUACGGACUGCAGCCCGGGGACCAGGUUGUCUUUAUGCAGGAGGGCACGUAUACUGAAUACGUCACGGUGGGCGCGGACCGGGCAUACAAGCUCCCGGACGGGAUGAAGCCGGAGAUCGCGUGCGCGGCCAUGUUGCAAGCGCUAACGGCAUGGACGAUGAUCCGCGAGGCGUACGAGGUGAAGAAGGGGGAUUGGGUGCUCGUGACAGCGGCGGCGGGGGGCGUGGGGGGGUGGCUGUGCCAGUUGUUGAAGCAUAUAGGUGGUCGGACUAUCGCCGUGGCGAGCGACGAGACGAAGAGGGAGAUGGCGAGGAAUUAUGGUGCGGAGGUGUCGGUGGGGUAUGAGGAGGAGGAACUGAGGAGGGUGGUGAAUGAGAAGACAAACGGUGAGGGCGUCAAAGCUGUGUUCGACAGUGUUGGUGCAUCCACGUUUGAUUUGACUCUGAGCUUGGUGGCGCGGAAAGGCACGAUGGUGAGCUUUGGCAACUCGAGUGGAGCGGUGCCAGCGUUCCAAAUCGCCCGGCUCAGCGCGAAGAACAUCAAGCUGCUCCGAUCGAGCUUGUUCCCUUAUAUCCAGACCAGGGAGGAGUUCCAGAAGUACAUGGGCGAGGUGGUCGACUUCCUCAUCCACCACAACAUGGGAUGUAAGAUCCAUGAGAUCUAUCCGUUGAAGGACGUUGCUCGGGCACACGCGGACAUUGAAAGCCGUAAGACAACGGGAAAGCUCCUUUUGAAGCCUUAA